ACGCUAGUAUCGCAACAACCGUUCAUGAUCAAGAUACAAGGCGGUACCUUUUGUGAGCAUAAUAGCGGACAUGAAGACGUAUCACUCCAAUGCCGAGUCUGUCCUGGGCUUACCAGCUAACUCGUACAUAUAUAACAUCACUUCCAGUGUCGUGCAGCAAGAUAUCCGCUCGCAAUCAUUUCCAAUUUUGAGCGGAUCAGAUUACUUAGUCGUCAUAAGUUCGGAUGACUCAAUAAGGAGUCUGGAUCCCGAGCGUUUGAAGACUGUGAAUGUUAUCAAGAAUGCCCACAAGAGCAUUACCUCGAUCAAACGAUAUGCCCACCCAGGUAGCCAAUGCAACAGCUUCAUGACAUGUGGUCGCGACGGAAUCGUGCGUGGGUGGGACAUGAGAUCAGGAAAUAAGGUAGUCGAGUUGUCUGUCCCCUCUAGUGAGCCUCUCUCAGCACUUGAUUGCAAUGCCGAAAUGCAAGCAGUCGUGGCCGGAACCGAACUGGAAGGAAAUGCGCCUGGAGAUGUUAGCAUAUUUGGCUGGGAUAUGCGCAUGCCUGGAAAUAUCAAAAUGAAAUACGAAGAAAGCCACAACGACACAGUCACAGAGCUCAGGUUUCUUCCCGCUGUUGGAGAAACAAACACGCUGCUCCUUUCCGCCGGCACAGACGGCAUGGUCAACAUUUUCAAUACUGCAUUUAUCGAGGAGGACGAAGCGUUAUUUCAGGUCAUCAAAUCCGCGUCUGCACUUCAGCAUGCUGGGAUGAUAGACGGGGACAUAUUCACUCUUGGGACCGACGAGACUCUUGCUUUCUAUGCCUUUCAAAAUCCUGACUUAGACACAAAGGACCCAGCACCAUGCUCCCUGGGUGAUGUCAGAGAGCAGUUCAGCUGCGAGUAUGUCGUAAAUAUGUACCAGGCAGGCUCGAAACCAUAUCUAGCCGUUGGCAACCACACGGAAAAAUGGCUCGACCUGAUCAGGUUCAAGAACAAAACUUCGGAUCCAACCGACACACGGAAAUGGAAGGCAAAAUCCUCUGAGGGGUCGAAGAUACGAUUGUCGGGUGGUCACGGAGAAGAGCUUGUCAGGGACGUGCUUAUCACUGACGGUGCCAAAGUCGUGUACACGUGUGGCGAAGACGGCGCGGUAAGGGUAUGGAAAGGCCAAGGAGAUGAUGAUGACGACGUUGAAAUGGGCGGCACCUCCAGAGUCGGGAAGAAAAGAAAAGGCGAUCGCCACGAGAAUCGCCACGAGAAGAACGAGAAGAGGAGCAAGUCUGGACCGAGUGGGUGAGGUGCAUUGAGAAAAAUGAUUGACUUCGAGAAUUCUAUUCCAAAAUCAAGUAUAAUUUAGCGUCGAAUGUAUAUUGGCUCUUUUAUUCGUUCUCC